CCAGGAAUGAGAGACCAGUGGAAGGAUAAAAUAUGAGGAGCAGGCUAGAGAAGGACACAAUCAGAAUUCUGAAUAACCAGCAUAGAAAAUAAUAAAGGGAAAGUAAAACAGAGGAUUCCCACAAAAGCUUCAGGUAAACAUGGCCCCGAUCCCAAAGAUGAACCAACCCAUCUGUCUAAUUGAGAACGAACCAGGCAAAAAGAUCUGUUUGAAUCAAGAAGCCAAAAAGAUCCUGGAGAAGAUCUCUCAGCCAUUGGUGGUGGUGUCCAUUGUAGGACCAUAUCGCUCAGGGAAGUCUUAUCUGAUGAACAAGUUGGCUGGAGUAAAGCGAGGUGGUUUCCCUUUGGGACACACAGUCCAGGCAAAUACAAAGGGUAUCUGGAUGUGGUGUGUCCCUCACCCUGAUAAAUCAGCGCGCACCUUGGUUCUGUUGGACACGGAAGGACUGGGGGAUGUUGACAAGGGUAACACAAGGAACGACAGCGCUAUCCUCUCACUCUCAUUGCUGCUGAGCAGUGCGCUAGUGUAUAACAGCAGAGGAACCAUCGAUGAAGAUGCAGUGAAAACGUUGUAUGAAACAUCUGAACUAAGCGAGUGUAUCAUGAGUAGAUCUUCACUUGAGGACGAAGAAGGGAACUUGGGGGAUUCUCUUUUUACACCUCUUUUUGUUUGGGCCGUGAGAGAUUUCAGUCUCAAGCCUGAGCUGGAAGGCCAAGCAGUCACUUCGGAUGAGUACUUGGAAAACAGCCUCAAGGAUAAACUCCCUGUAACGUCCCUGGUGGCAGAAAGAAGAAACUUUAUGAGGAUGUCCCUCAGGGCAAGACUCCCUGUCCGUAAAUGCUUCACAUUUGAGGUUCCUUCUACGGACAGUAAGGUGAUGUGCAAUCUGGAGAAUGUCCCCGAGAAGCAGUUGCCACCGGGAUUUGUGGAGACGACGGAGACGUUUCGUCAGUUUAUCUACAACAACGCUGAAGCCAAGACGCUAGAAGGAGGACAGGUGGUCACUGGAUGCAUUCUUGGGCGGUUGGCCAACUCUUACAUCAAAGCGGUAACCACAAAAUGUAUCGCUUCUUUGGAUCAUUCCAUCACUGAGAUUUUUUUGGCUGAGAAUGAUUCUACCAUAAAAUCCGCCACUGAGCUCUAUAAAGGGAAAAUGAUGUCCAAGAACUUUGACACGUUACAGGAGUUCCAGGCGUUCCAUGAAUCCUGUCUAAAGGAAGCUCUGCAGCAUUUAAGGGAGAAAUCUUUCAAGUAUGGAAAUGUCCUCGAUAAGUGCGAACAUCAACUUAAGGAGAAUAUAGACAAACAAAAAGAGGAGGUCUGGAAAGCGUUAGAAAUUUCCUCCAAGGGGAAAUGCAGAGAAAUCAUAGGCCGCCUUUCUAAGCCGAUGAGUAACGCUCUGGAGCAAAAGAAAUUCCUUGUUGCUGGAGGGCAUCAAAAAUUCGUUAAGGCCAGAGAUGAAAUAGUGAAGAAAUUUCACACGGAACCUGGAAAAGGUGUUAAGGCUGAUUUUGUUCUCCAAGAAUUUCUAAAGUCUUUAGAAGAACUGGAGCCAACUAUUUGCCAGACUGACAAGGCCUUAUCAGAGAGCGUACAAGCUCCUCUCCAAAUCCGUGAUCUCUCUGAUGCCACGCAACUCACAAAAUACAUCAAGGGGUACAAGCUAAAGUGCCAGUCCUACCACCGUAUCCUAAUCCAGCUCUUCGGCUUUGCCGGGCAUGGAAAGUCUUCCUUUGUAAACUCCUGUAUGUAUGCGGUGGGAGAUGGAGAAUUUAAAGACGUUGCUGGUGAAGGUUCCUCUGAUGGAGCAAAGACCAUUGACAGAAGGGGAUACACACUAACAGACAGCAUUACAAUAGUGGACAAUCGAGGUUUUGCAAAGAUGGACAGCUCUGAGGCCUGGCACAUUUAUGCUCAGCUCUGCAACAUUGUGCCACUGAACCAGAUAGUAUUGUGGGAUACAACUUCUCAGGAAAAGAUGCAGCAGUUAAUCCAAGAUGUGCCCAUACCUGACCUUAUUGUGCCUGUGUUCGUAUGCAGCUCCAGUUAUACUUUCAAUGAGGAAAAUUCCGCGCUAAUCAAAGUAUUCCUGAAGAAUGCUCAAGUGUUAACCGGGAUACUGCCCUUCAUUAUUCUAACCAAGAAGAACUCUGGGAGAGACAAGACGCAGACAUUUGAACAAAUGGGAAUGGAGCAGAUCUACCUCUUGGAGAACUACACCCUGACCAAUCAGAUUGCCACGCGGGGGAAUCACUUGCCGUUCCUCACAUUUCUCAAGGACGUCUUGGGCUGGGUUGAUUAUAUUUACAGGGGCCCAGUUAAUUUCCAACAGCAACAAGCUAAGAGGAAGGAAUUCCUUAUUAAAAAUAUGGCAUAGAGCUAUGAAUUCCAUCCGUAAUACAGGGCACUGAGUUAUUACGUUCCAUGUUUAUGUUCUGGGGCAAAACUUUGGUGUUUACUAAAGAGCCUGUAAGUAAGUGCUGGGUAAGCAUGAAACGCGUGAGGCUAUCCAUAUGGGGUUGUCAAUGCUUUUAAUGGAUUAAAAUAAACAAAAACAUUUUUUAAUGA